UCGAACGUCGUUGUACUAAUGAUAUCGACAUAUUUUUGUGUAAAAAGUUGUGUGUUAAGUAGGUAAUUAAGUGUAACUAGUGUUUCUUCAUAUAUCCAAUGAUAUUUGGAAAUUUUGGAACUUAUUGUAUAUCAUUUGUAAAUGAUUAAUCUUAAUAGAAGUAAUUGUGGAUAAAUUAUUACAGUAAAGAUGAAUUCUGAACCAUCUUUACCCUUACAUACUAAAAUUAAGGAGGAGGAGGAUGCAUCCAAUAUUAUAGAUUUAGAUCUAGAUAAAACACCAGAAGAUUUAGUGCAUGAAUGGGAAUCAAAGGUGCGAGUGAAAUUUAAAGAAUGUGCUAUCGUUGAGAGUGAACACAGUCUGGACAUACUUAUGAAGUGGUACAUUAAGUUGAUAAAAGAAGAAGCUGUAAAUUUGGAAGACUUUCGAACCCUGAAAAAAUUCGUAAUGAAUCAUUUGCUGUUCCUUAAACUUUACUUUGUCGAAUUAAAUUGUUGUUUUGUGGAUAAUUAUUUAGAUAACAUGGAGGAAAUAUUGUCAUUUUAUGUGAAUGUAGAAGUAAAAUUGUUACCAGCGAAGCAGCAAAGUGGUAACAAGCGUACUUAUAAGAGAAUUCUUUCUUCGUUGUGCCACCAAAUAAUUUCUGUGUUAAAUUUGUAUCUUUUGAAUAGAGAAGACCGAGUUUGUCAUGUUGUAAUGAAAGUGAAAUUAAAUUUACAAUCGGGCGAGAGUAAGGACUUAUUAAACAUUCUUUAUGGGAAUUUUUUAAUGAAAAGACCCAAGGAAAAAUCGGAUUUAGAAUUUUGUCGGGCGUACAUUUUAUAUCAAAAAUGGAAAACGAUCAGGAAACCAGACGACUGGGAGAAAAUGGACGAAGUUAUGUAUAAUUUACAUGAAAGAACACCCGAUUCUAUAAAAUCUAGUCCAAUUCUGAAGCAGAUCCUUCUUCCACAAAAUAACUCCAUCCUCGACACUUUGACUCACAUUUCUGAAAAACAUCUAAUUAUUUCAGAAGAAUACUUUAAGUAUAUUAAAUCCAAUAAACUUCACGAAGAUAAUAUAAUAGCGUCGGGAAUCGACGACAUUGAAAUACAAGACGAUGAUAUUAUUUCAGAUCUAGUCGGAGACGCAGAAGAUCAGGAGUUCGAGGAAGCUUAUAAGAUUCAUGUAAGAAGUAUGUCAUGUCUAUACUUGGAAAAUAUCAGAGGGUCGCUUGAAGCGGUGAAUAUUAAAGAGGAAAAUGAGAGCGAUGACGAGGAUUGCCAGAUUGUUGCGGUGAGCUCCCUUGGAAAAAAUCGAGAUGACGCAGACAUGGUUCACGAAAUUUUGGAGGACGAUGAUAUGGAAAUAAUUUACAUGACAAAGAAGGACGACAAACAGAAUGCACCUCAAGAGGACAAAGGGAAAGGUUCAACAUUAUCAUUCUUAGAAUCCAUUAAAGUCUCGGAAUCUAGAGAUGUUUCUAUGGAGAGGGUAUCCUCGUCGACCAGUAACGGAUACGCUUCUCNUGGUUUGUUUUCCAGUUACGACGCUAAGUUGAUAAAAGAAGAAGCUGUAAAUUUGGAAGACUUUCGAACCCUGAAAAAAUUCGUAAUGAAUCAUUUGCUGUUCCUUAAACUUUACUUUGUCGAAUUAAAUUGUUGUUUUGUGGAUAAUUAUUUAGAUAACAUGGAGGAAAUAUUGUCAUUUUAUGUGAAUGUAGAAGUAAAAUUGUUACCAGCGAAGCAGCAAAGUGGUAACAAGCGUACUUAUAAGAGAAUUCUUUCUUCGUUGUGCCACCAAAUAAUUUCUGUGUUAAAUUUGUAUCUUUUGAAUAGAGAAGACCGAGUUUGUCAUGUUGUAAUGAAAGUGAAAUUAAAUUUACAAUCAGGCGAGAGUAAGGACUUAUUAAACAUUCUUUAUGGGAAUUUUUUAAUGAAAAGACCCAAGGAAAAAUCGGAUUUAGAAUUUUGUCGGGCGUACAUUUUAUAUCAAAAAUGGAAAACGAUCAGGAAACCAGACGACUGGGAGAAAAUGGACGAAGUUAUGUAUAAUUUACAUGAAAGAACACCCGAUUCUAUAAAAUCUAGUCCAAUUCUGAAGCAGAUCCUUCUUCCACAAAAUAACUCCAUCCUCGACACUUUGACUCACAUUUCUGAAAAACAUCUAAUUAUUUCAGAAGAAUACUUUAAGUAUAUUAAAUCCAAUAAACUUCACGAAGAUAAUAUAAUAGCGUCGGGAAUCGACGACAUUGAAAUACAAGACGAUGAUAUUAUUUCAGAUCUAGUCGGAGACGCAGAAGAUCAGGAGUUCGAGGAAGCUUAUAAGAUUCACGUAAGAAGUAUGUCAUCUCUAUACUUGGAAAAUAUCAGAGGGUCGCUUGAAGCGGUGAAUAUUAAAGAGGAAAAUGAGAGCGAUGACGAGGAUUGCCAGAUUGUUGCGGUGAGCUCCCUUGGAAAAAAUCGAGAUGACGCAGACAUGGUUCACGAAAUUUUGGAGGACGAUGAUAUGGAAAUAAUUUACAUGACAAAGAAGGACGACAAACAGAAUGCACCUCAAGAGGACAAAGGGAAAGGUUCAACAUUAUCAUUCUUAGAAUCCAUUAAAGUCUCGGAAUCUAGAGAUGUUUCUAUGGAGAGGGUAUCCUCGUCGACCAGUAACGGAUACGCUCCUCUUCCUGGGACAAAUAGUUUGGUAGAAACGUCAAGUAAAACAGAAGUUGUAAUAGCAGAUAGCCCCAUGUCAGAUUCCCUCAGACAAAAACCAUCACCGGAAAUUCCUAAUAUCGACACAGUAACAUCAGCAGCUGGAACAGAGCCAUUGCAAGAAGUCACUCCUGUGGAAUCGGAACUAACUGAGAGGAGAGACGAUACGAACCAUCCAUCCAAAGCGAAAAGUGUGAUUGACGUUGGAGCUGUUGAGGACGUGUCGGAAUCUAACCCUAGUCCCACCGUAAAGAAAAGUGUCGUCAGUAUAGAAACACAAACCGAUGAAUGGCCCAUGGAUGAAGCUAACGACAAAUCGUCUUCAUCGGAAAAACAUGCCGAUCAAAGCGGUAUAUGCAGGAAUUAUUAUUAUUAUGGCCUCGACACGCCUCCUUCUGAUCAGCUUCCCGACGAACAAAUUCCCCCAGUUCCAGAAUCUGCAACAUAUCCCAAGGUGUACGCUAACAUCGUAAGAUCUCACAGUCCGAAUGAAGCUGAUAGUCUUACCAAAGCAACUGAGACUGAUCGUUUGUCACCUUCAGUGGACGAUAAUGAUAACGAUGAUAACAGUAAGAGAUCAGCCGAUCUUACACCAAAUUCAGUAGUGCAAAGUGAACCGUGUUCCUCGAGAAGCAUAAAUGAGAAUAGCCCGAAUUUUAUAGAGGCAGAGUUUAUACCAAAUGUUGCACCUAAUACGAGGAAAAAACAUAAAAAUUUGGAAAAACCUCUGGAAAAUAAGACAAAUCGUCUAGAUUCGACAGAUAUUGAGUCUAAUACCAAGAAGAAACGGAAAAGGUCUAAAAAACCUCCAGAAAAUAAUGAAAUUAGAAUAGACACAAUAUUUACGCCAGAUGUUGAGCCUAAUACGAAAAAGAAACAUAAAAAAUUGAGUAAACCACCAGAAAGUAAGCAACAACUUUUAAACACAUUAUUUACACCAGGUGUCGAGUCUAGUGCGAAAAAGAAACAUAAAAAUUUGAAUAAACCAUCAGAAAAUAAUCCGAAUCUUCUAGAAGCGUCGUUUAUAUCAGACGUCGAGCCUAACACCAAGAAGAAACGUAAAAAAUUUAACAAACCACCAGAAAAUAAUCCGAAUCUUCUAGACGCAGAAUUUAGGCCGGAUAUUGAGCCAAAUACGAAAAAGAAACGUAAAAAAUUGAAUAAAACGCCAGAAAAUAACCCAAAACAUCCAUAUGCAGCAUUUACACCAAACGUUGAGCCUGAGAUGAAGAAGAAACGUAAAAAAUUACACAAACAACCAGAAAACAGUCCGAAACGUAAAAAGUUUAAUAAAACACCAGGCUUUGAUGAUCCCUGUUCUAGUCGCCGAAGUACCUCACCUAGAACUCUUCCCAACUGUGAAGAAAAUCAGGUGCAACACGUUUCUAACAAUUUUCAGUCGAACGAUUCAGUGCCGGUCGGCGAAGGCAGAAGUUUUCCUCAAACACACACCGACCUUGAAAACAUUUCCUCACUCGACAUAAGCACAAACGCUUACCAUAAGACUGCCGAUACGAGUAGUCGAGCGAAUUUACGUUCUCCCUCACCGCUCAAAUACAGAGACAGUAAUAUCCACGAAACCUCAACAAACGUCCCUUGCACUUCGCUCGAUGUCGUCAUCACUUCUGCCGAAUCCAACAGUACCGUGUUCAACGAGCAAAGGAAGUCCGCAGAUAUAUCAAACGCCUCGCCGGACGUCACUAGCACCUCAAUGGACGUGCAAGAUUUCGGUGAAACGCUCUGUAACGGAGAAAUACACAUCGAAGAAUCCCAACUGGUGUAUCACCACCUAAGUGUCGAUACGACGCAUAAUGAGAAUUAUUCCUCGGAAGAGUACGUGGAAUACGCCGAAUGCAGCGGAAGUGGGGAGUUCAACAACGAGAGCGUGACGCAGAGUAAUAUAGUGGAGGAUGGGGAAAUCUACAUCGAAGAACCCGUUUUGAUGACGAGCGGGGAAGAGUUCACUUACUUUGUGCACGAAACUCUACCUGUAGGAGCGAACGUAAAUAUAUACAGCGAAGAAUUAUCGCCUAAUAGUCACGUCGUUGACGCAGAUCAUGAAAGUGCUAGGACUGAAACGGAGAAACACGACCAGCCUGCUGUUUCUCUCAAAGAAUUAAAAGUGUCCGUAGAAAAGAUCAGGUUAGGCCCCCACGACCGCGCCGACAUUAGCUCUGUCGACGAAUUCUCUAAAUUUGAAGAGAGGGUGCAGCAAUGGACCAAGUUGAGGGAGACGCACGAUUUAGAUGAAAUAUUCUGCGGACCUGUCUCCAAGAUAAACGAGACUAGUAGCUGUGUUAAUCCUGAUGCGAAUUUUGAUCUCUUUAACUCGAAGCCCUGUAAUUCCGCUGUACAGAGUACUAGUGAAGUAACAUCUCCCCCGUACGAAGCCAUUGAGGAUUUUAGGACUUACUUUGAAGAAAGUAAAAACAACGGGGAAGACGUCCCCUCCACAUCGAGCAAAGCUUACGCGGAUGAAAAUAUCGCGACCACCAGUGCCAUAAUUCCUGAUCCGCCUCAUUCUACCGACAACAGUAAAGUCACCGGUCUAUUAAUACCCAGGACGCUCGAAAGUUUACAGGAUGUCGGUGAAACUUCUGGUUCUGCCGUACCCUCCGAUGAUUCGGUCUUAAGUCCUCGUAGCGUAGAGAGGACUAAGAGUAAAAACACUAGAAGGGUACAUAUUGACGAGGAAGCCAGAGAAUUUAAGGAGAGACCAGUGAAAAUUCACCAAAUCGGAGUUCUGCGGAGUAUAUUAAAAAAAUCCUGUGAAAAUUUAAAGGUGGAAGCGGUGGUACCCAAAAGCCGAAUUCCGCCAGAGCAGAUGAACCCGAAUUCCUUAGAGGAAUACGGCAUAGCGCCGGACGAUGUCCUUCUUCAGAGCAUUCCGUGCGUUUCACUGAGUAGGCUCGGUGAAAACGUAAUCGCCAGGUGGUUGAGAAUGAGCGAAAUAGCGUUCAAACUUAGGCAGUUACGGCAAAAAACUCAUAACGGACCCGGGAAACCCAUUAAAGUGGAGUACGACAAACAGAUCUCGCCUCAUAUUAAUAAUAAAGACAUGGUGCAGUACAACGCUAAUGGUAGAAAAGUGAAAACGCCCCUCCCUGAUACGUUCGGGCAGUGGAGGACUGCCACCGUCCCACAAACACAAUCUGACAGGCUCGAUGAAGGUACAGUAACAACUAACCUUAAUGAUAAUGAUUCCGCUAACAUUCCUCCGCAGUGUACGAAAUCUUAUAAAUCUCUCAUUGUAGGUUUCACUAAAUUAAAAAUUUUGAGCACCGAUGUAAAAUGUAGUUCCCCUAAAUCUAACCCGUUCCUUCCCCAAACAGAUACAAAGAGAGAGAUACAUCUAGAAGAAUGCCCCUUGAAUGUCGACGUAGUUGAAAAUCUAGUAGACUCUUGUCUCGAAAAAAAAUUAGAUUCUCAAGUCGUCUCAAAUAUCGAAUCAGAUUUAAAUUUGUCUCAAAUUAACAACAUGAACGAGAGCCAGCAACCCGCCGUCGUACCAGAAGUGUCGGCAUUCGAGAAGACCUUCGAACUCGAGGACAUCGUGAAAAUGUCGCCAAUACCUGCGGACCUACAUAACUUAAGCCUGCAGAAAUUCUCCCCAAGUCCUUGCUUCAGUCCCCAGUCCGACGCCUUCCUUACCGACGCCUAUCUCCUAGACAAGCCGGAAAUGGAAAAUACCGUCAAAAUACGAGAAUGUGACGAAACCGAAGCGAAGGAGGCCAAGGAAGAAGCCAAGUCAGAAAACGUGCCGAAACCGGGCAUAAACUUACUGGAAAACGAGGCCGAAAUUCGGCUACCUCUUAAAAAACGCAAACAUUCCGUGGCGAACACGAAAGAAGAGACCGUCGAAGACGAUAAUUUCAUGGGUCCCGAUUUGGUCGAGGAAAUAAUAAAGAGGGCCAGGGCAGAGGAAGUCGAAAAGGAGGACAUAAGCUACCCGGCGAAGCCCAUGAUUAGCAUCGCCGAAAUCCAAGAGAAGUUAGUCGAGCCUCCGCGCGUAUUUAAAACUCCCGCGGAACGUAAGGAAAUGCCUCCUCCGCCACCUCAGUCCUACCCAAGUCCCAUCGAAGCUCCGAAAAUCGUAACCGAGCAGUACAAUAACCACACUUACAACAACCCCACAAUAAACUAUCACAUGAACAACGUACCGUACCCGUUUUUCCCUUGCGCCAGCUUGUCGUAUUUCCCUCCCAUCUUGUUGCCGCUUAACAGCACGACGACGUUCGACAUGAACUUGAUGAACACUCAACAGCAAUCGUCGGCAGUCCUACAAGAACAGACUCCCCGCCCGAGGAAGGAAAGGCGGUCCAGGGGACGGAAGAGGAAUACGUAAACACUCGAACAGUGUACCACGCACCCGUUUUAUCACUGUGAUAGUUUACUUUUGACGUGGAAGUUGGUGAACGCUCAAGAACAACAUACGCAGGAACCGUCGAUGGUAACACACGAACAAACGUGCUGUUGAGAAGAGAAAGAGAAAUAAUAAAAAAUAAUAUUCUAAUGAUGUACCCUCUCAUUGCGUAACGUACCGUGUCUGUUUUCCCCUCGUUCCAACUUACUGUAUUUCCCCUCCCAUUUUAAUACCAACAGCUCGAUUCGGGGAGCUCAGCAGCAACCAUUGACGGUGACACAAGAACUAGUUCGUCGUCCGAGAAGUCGAAGAAGAACAAGAAGAUUAGUCAUUUAAUUAAUUUUGUUUUGUUUUUAAUGCUCAGUAUUUAAAUAUCUAGUAAUUUUUAACUGGCUGUGAAUUUUCCUCAAGUAGUUUAAUUUUUUUUUUUUAUUAAAUUUUUUCGUUGAUAUACAUUCGUUUUCCGUUUCGAGAGAAGAAUAACGAAGACGACAGGCAAUAGUAGGACUGAAGAGAAGGAAGAAUAGAAGCAUCACCAUAAUUUUGCUGUUUGUUCUUUUUUUCCUAUAAUAUAUAUAAAUGUUGCAUUUAAAGUUUUGAAAUUUUAUAUUGUUGUGGGUGUAAAUGUAGUCAUUAAUGAACGAUGUUACCUGUAACUUAUUUUUCUGAGUGUUAGUAAUGUACAUAUAACUAUGAAUGUGAAUCUAGCUACGUGGAAGACAUCACCAAUCAACUGAGGCAUUUAUUCCUUCUGUAAUUGAUAAUUUGCAAGCGCUACAUCUAUUUUUCUUGGUCAUGUUCCGUCUUCAUGUUUAUUCAUUAUCGUUUUUAUAAUUAUUUUACCCCAUUUAAUUUUAUUUUGGACGAUUACCUUCAAAAGAAACAACAUACCGCUCGUUACUUGUUAAUGGAUAGUAAUAACCCCUUUCUGUUUUUUUAAGGUUUACAAGAGCUGCCUUAUACGGAAAAGAAGACCGGCAAACGAAAAGGGCGCGAUAGCCUCACAAUGAAUAUUCCAACUCCAAAGAGAGGACCAGG